AAAAAGAAAAAAGCCAAAUAAAUCAGACCAACGGUGAUGAUAAACAGAGCUCAAACCUCAAAGCCCCAUCCUAGUCGUCUCUCUUCCUCAUCUCUUCUCCAGCGUCCGAUCUACCUUCGCCUCUCUCUAUUCGUCUCGCGCCAAAUACGAAUCCCUCCUUUUCUCUCUCUUUGCUUUAGGGUUUGUGCUUCGAUCCGAGUUUAGCUUUGUCAGUGACUAUGGCUGAAGCUCCGACGAGCCCCGGCGGUGGCGGCAGUCACGAGAGCGGCGAGCACAGCCCUCGUUCCAAUGUGCGAGAGCAGGAUAGGUACCUUCCUAUCGCAAAUAUCAGCAGGAUCAUGAAGAAGGCUCUUCCGGCCAACGGCAAGAUCGCCAAGGAUGCGAAGGAGACUCUCCAAGAAUGCGUUUCCGAGUUCAUCAGUUUCAUCACCAGCGAGUAUGAGGGUUUUGUUUUUAAUUGUCGGUGCCGUAAUUUGGCUCCGUUUGGUCGCUGAGAAAAUUUUGGAAAAGUUAAGAGGAAUUAAAACUUUGAAUUUUAGGUUUUGUUUUGUUUUCUUCUUCCAGGCCCGUGAUAAUGAAUGUUCCACUUUAUUGAGCCGAUUGUAGCUAAUUGGUUUAUUGAGUCGAUUAUUUCAUUAUUUGGAAAUUGAUGGAACAUCGGACAUAAAAGUUUCAAAGUUUCUUCAUCCUUUUGUUUUUCCGGUAACCAAACGGGGUUAGGGUUUUUUUUUUUUUGUUUUUUUUGUUUUUAAUUUCAAGAUAAAUUGACUCUGUUCUGGGUUUUGAAGAGCGAGUGACAAGUGCCAGAAGGA